CCCUCUCCGCCCUCCGCCCCUGGGGGAAAAGAUGCCAAUCACACCCCAGUUCUACACCAGCGCAGUACUCUACUUCGUCUUAUCGACGGCUUUGCUCUACCUACUCAUGUCGAGUGACGUGAAGAGGGGGAAGAGGGUGGGGAAGAGGGGAGAGAGGGUGCUCGUUUUGGGUGGGGGGAGCGGCAUCGGCCGGUCCAUCGCCCUCCUCUACGCAAAACGAGGAGCUCGGGUAUGCAUCGUCGCAAGAAGUGAAGCCGGUCUAGAGGAAGUCAAGGGCCAGUGUCUUUCUCUCCUCCCUAAGCGCGGCGCUGGUGAGAAGACCGGAACCACGGAGUCCCGGUCGGGGUCGGGGUCGGGGUCGGGGGCGGGGCCGGAGGUCAUCUCCCUCGUAGGGGACAUCGCGAGUGUGGACGAUCUAGUACGGGUUAGGCAGGCGGUGCAGGACGCAUGGGGAGGACUGGACACGCUCGUUCUCUCCGCUGGGAUCUCCUCGCUCAAAUCGCUGAUGCACAACGCCGGCGUCCAAGGGUCGAACGAGGAUGCCUCCUCCGAAGGGCUCGCCCAUCUACAGGAGAUCGUACGGAACGUGUCCGAGAUCAACUACGUCGCUGCCGCCCUGGUCGCGGGGACGUUCUUCCCUAUGCUGGAAAGGACAAGCAAGCUCGGCGCUGUGAUGCUCAUCUCUUCUUCUGGCGCGCUGAUCCCCGCGCCCACGCGCACGAUCUACGGCUCCACCAAAGCCGGCGCCCUAAUGCUCUACCAAGCGCUCGCGAUCGAGCAUCCCGCCCUACACUUCUCCCUCAUCUGUCCCGGUACCGUCAACACCAAUUUCCGGGCUUCAGCUCCGGACGAGGACGACAAGCCCGAGUUGGAAGAAAAGAAGCUCGAGCCGGAAGAGGUUGCCCAACGGGCGAUUGAGGCUGUUGAUAGUGGAGAGCGACUUGUCAUCAUGCCCUUCCGACACAAACUUGGGCAUAUAUUGUAUAAUUUUGGCGCACGCCGGCUCAUCGAAAACCAGGCGGCGAAGAAGUACAGGUGGACGAAGUGAUACGCUUUUGUCUAAUGCCACCUAUCUUAGGGCUACGAUGACGAUAAU